UUAUCAUUAACGUCAGUAACAUCUGAAGAAACAACAUUGAGGCUUUGUUUUGAACAUCUCUGGCUUUACUUUAUAUUUAAAACGUCUUAAAGUAGAAUUGUCUAUUAUGAUCAAAGGUUAGCAAGCAGUCUGAAUGCAAAUAUCAGCUUGUUUUCAUAGUCUAAUCAUUCCAUAUUAAAGCCCAAUUUCAGUUAGACCGUAAAUAUUAUGGUACAUAAAUGUGUGGUAGGUGGUUGUCCGAACCGAUCGGACAACAUUAUCCAUUACAUGUUACCCGAGGAUCCGAAAAGACGGAAUCUUUGGUUAAAGUUUAUUGAAGACAGUAAAGCUGAUGAAGAAAACGCGAACUCUUCAUCCCGGGUGUGCGGGGAUCAUUUCUCCGAGGAGAACUACUUCAAAAUGGAUCUGGGUUACACCACAUGCUUGAUACUAAGCGUGGAUGCUGUUCCUACAGUAUUUACUGUUAGUCGAUCAUCUGAGACUGAAAAGGAGAUAGGGGAAGCAGAAGAUGAGAGUGUGGAAAAUGACACAUGCAAAAUCACAAUUUCUGAGGCCAUUUCACUUGCGUGCGUCAAAGAGGAGCCUCUUGAAUAUGAGCUGAGUUCCAACAUGACAUCUGGACAAGAGCAGAAUUCCUCACUGGAUGAGUGUGUUAAAUAUGAGCAGAGCGAACUGGCCGUUACAGAGGACUGUAUUUCGACUGUAAUUUUAGAGGAUAAAAAAGAUCAUGUCAAAAGAAAGUAUAUCAGCUGUUUAACUUGUGGCCAGAGGUUUCGUAGUAAACGCAACCUAAUGAAGCAUCAACGUGCUAAUCACGGUAAAAAGAAAAACAAAUCUGAAGUUAAAGAAAAGUUUCAUGUGUGUUCAACUUGUGGUGAGAGGUUUGAUGAAAUGAGUCUCCUUUUGCGGCAUCGAGCCAUACAUGCUAAGGAGAAUCCCGAUAGGAGGUUUGUGUGCCAACAGUGUGGAAAAGGCUUUGCCCAUCAAGCUUUUUUGAAAGCUCACCAGAAAGUUCACGAGGAUGCGGAGUCGACCAUGCCGUUCACCUGCCACUUAUGUCCCAGACGUUUUGGUUACAAAGUUGCUCUCAUUGCUCACAUGAAGCAUCACUCGUCCAAACUUACGUGCAUCUGCCCCAUCUGUGAAAAGACCUUUCAGUUCAGGGGUUCCCUCAUUCAGCACCUCAAAUCGUCUCAUGCUGGGGAAAAACUCUUGUGUAAGACCUGCGAUAAGGGUUUUCUAAGAGUCAAUGGCUACAUCAAACACAUGGACAAACACAAUGUGAUGACCCCAUUCUACUGUGACAUCUGCAAAAUUUAUCUCUCACAGCGAGGCUACAUGGCACACAUGCUCACCCAUGAGCAGAAGCCAGAGGAGUCCGUUGAGAACCAACCAAACGCUAUCGAUAUGAACAGUUCAGAAGAAGGAAUUGAGCCCGUGAUGGAGCCGCUCAGCGAAGAUGAAAUGGAAGUUCUUGCGGAGAGUUCAAUGGAUCGUUCAAUGGAUUCUUCAACAUUGGAGGAUGUGGAGUCUGGAAAGGUGGUUCCGGAAAAGGAACUUCCCCAAGAUAACCAUGAACCACCAACAGUUGAGGAUGUGGAGUCUGAAAAUAUGGUUCUGGAAAAGGAACCUCCCCAAGAUAACCCUGAACCACCAACAGUUGAGGAUGUGGAGUCUGAAAAUAUGGUUAUGGAAAAGGAACCUCCCCAAGAUAACCAUGAACCACCAACAGUUGAGGAUGUGGAGUCUGAAAAUAUGGUUCUGGAAAAGGAACCUCCCCAAGAUAACCCUGAACCACCAACAGUUGAGGAUGUGGAGUCUGGAAAGAUGGUUCUGGAAAAGGAACCUCCCCAAGAUAACCAUGAACCACAAACAGCUGAGGAUGUGGAGUCUGGAAAGAUGGUUCUGGAAAAGGAACCUCCCCAAGAUAACCAUGAACCAUCAACAGUUGAGGAUGUGGAGUCUGGAAAGGUGGUUCUGGAAUAGAAACCUCCUCGAGAUAACCAUGAACCAUCAACAGUUGAGGAUGUGGAGUCUGGAAAGGUGGUUCUGGAAUAGAAACCUCCUCG